CUAAGUCCGGUCUGUCUCUCUCUCUCUAUUUCUAUUUCUCUUCCUUCCUCUCUUCCUCCAACGUCCCAAUUAUUCGCGUCUCUCUUAUUUGCAACAUCAUCAUCUAUCACUUCUGGUCAUAUUCUAUCUAGGGAUUUUGAUGAAAAUGAAUCUCGCCGAUAUGGCUUUAUCUAACGAACUCUCCGUUAACGAGAUCUUAUCUGGGAUAUUUGGGAGCAUCAGCUUGACGGCAUGGAUAUGCUUACUCCUUCCUCAACUCAUCGCUAAUUACAGAGCCAAGAGUGCGGAAGGCCUGUCCAUGAUUUUCCUGGCUGUCUGGCUCUUUGGCGAUAUCGCGAACCUGUCCGGUGCGCUCGUGACUGGACUCGCACCCACAGCGACCGCAUUGGCGGGUUACUUUUGCAUAUCCGAUGUCAUCCUCAUCGCACAGUCCGUUUACUAUAACACCCUCAACGCCCGGAGAACUCGCCAGCGAACACAGUCGACCGAAUCUGAGUUGUCAGAAGAUGAACCCCUCUUGCAGCCUCGGAGGUCGUCCAGUGGUCUUCCAGGCUCGCACAGACGUCAUUCCAUGCACCAUUCCGAGUCCGGCCUAGACCCUAUCAAGAGAAUCGUUACAGGCGAAGACGAUACGCCCGAUAGCAACCCUUGGCUACAUAACGCACUAAGCGUCGUGGCUAUCUACAUCGUUGGAGCUGCUGGUUGGUUCGUCUCUUAUAAAGUCGGGGCUUGGGAUAAGCCCGACGCCACCGACGAGCCCGCUAUGGACUCGACAGUCGGCAUUUUAGGACUCGUUCUAGGAUACGCCAGCGCUAUCUGUUAUCUCUGUGCCCGAAUUCCCCAGAUAAUCAAAAACUACCGGGAGAAGUCUUGCGACGGUCUUGCCCUGCUUUUCUUCUUAUUGUCCCUCACUGGUAAUCUAACUUAUGGCCUGAGCGUCUUCACUUACUCUCCAGAGCCGGAGUAUAUCAUCAAGAUCUACUCGAAAAGUAGCUCGAGCAAGGCCGACGGGACCAGUGAGUCUGCAUAGAAUAGAAUCGAAGGUUUGCGUGAUAAGUAAGCACGUGUGCAAAAGUGGUUUCAUUAAUCUUCAAUCAUAUAAAGGACGGCAUGGUCAUAGCCGGGAGCAUUCUUUCGGCGUUUCACAAUUGGAGUUCCAGGAUCCUUGAUUUCUUUUUGUUCUUAAUUACCUAAGGUACCUAGGGGAACUCGAGACAUUGGGGAGAUGUAUUCGGUCAAAGAUUCCCUUGUUAUCAUUAGCAUUACAGGACCUAUAUUUUAUGUCCCAAGCCUCAUAUAGAUUUCCGACAACGGCUCCUAGCUAGCUGAUGUUUAUUCGUCUAUAUGGCAUACAAUAGUAACCUACGGCUAGGUUAGCCUAAUAAAACAAUCAAAGCGGCCCCCAUUCUAUAUUUAUCA